AUGACAAACUAUAGUGUUGCUGGCCAUCCAUAUGCUAGCCCACCAGUGGAUCCUGUUGGUCACCAUGAGCCAGAAUCGACUUCUCAUACACCAGAGGCUGACGACGCUGCAAAGAAAAGAAAGACCACGAAACGGAGAAAGGUUAACCACGCGUGCCUCUAUUGUCGACGUAGUCAUAUGACUUGCGAUGAAGGCAGACCCUGCCAACGCUGCAUUAAGCGUGAGAUUGGCCAUCUUUGCCAUGACGAGCAGCGACAGCCGAAGACUGGUGGGAAGCAGAGUUCUGAUGCUGUUCCAGCUGCUUCGUCAAACGGUGUUGAUCCUGCAAGGUCGAUGACUCGUGCGUAUACUACCAUUCCCAUCUAUGGUUCAACAAUGCCUCCUCCAGCGACCGCCGCAUGGUCAAUGAGUGUUCCUUCAGGCGCAUUUCUGUAUCAGCCCGAAACUCUAGGCAACGAAUUUUCAGUCCUUACUGACUUCUUGGAAACCCUAGACGAGGGAUCCUUCUUCACCACAUCUCCAGCAGUAACCCCCUCUCUCAUGCCAACUCCUGCAUUCCCUCAGGCCACUCCAUACAUCUCAAAUUCUACCUCUGCUGCUGAAGCGACAUCCAAUCCUCCAGCACAUCCUCCUGAGGCACCCGCUGAAGAGCCUGGACCCCCUCUUCUACCGUCUGCCACCAAGACAGAAAAGUUUUUGUUGACUGCCGCAGAUCAGGAGUCAGGUACUCGCGACGAACGACUGAACCGUGUUAUUCGGAGCAAAUACGAGGCAGGUCUGCUCAAACCGUAUGAUUAUGUCAAGGGCUAUGCACGAUUGUCAAGGUGGAUGGAUCGCAAUGUCUCUCGACAAUCGAAGCAGCAAAUUCUGCAACCGUUGUCUGUGCUACGACCCAAGUUCCGAGCCGUUGCGCAAUCCCUGCGCGAUAUCGACCUCGUCUUCAUAGAAGAGGCCUUUGAGCGAUUACUUCUUGAUUACGACCGUGUCUUCUCAGCCAUGGGUGUCCCAGCGUGUCUCUGGCGUCGAACAGGUGAGAUCUAUAAAGGAAACCGCGAGUUUUCAGAACUCGUAGGUGUCGAUGGAUACAUGAUGCGAGAUGGCCGCCUCUGUAUCUACGAACUUAUGGCAGAAGAGUCAGCAGUCAAUUAUUGGGAGAAAUACGGCCAUGUUGCCUUUGACUCUUCUCAAAAGGCCGUACUCACUUCUUGCGUGCUACGUUAUAAACCCCUUAUCAAUACGCAGUCACAAACGCCGAAAAAGGAGGAUGUCCCCAAUGAGGAGGGCUUCGUAAACUGCUGCUUCUCAUUCACAAUCAGGCGGGAUAAGUGGGGUAUACCAAGUAUGAUCGUUGGAAAUUUCAUCAAGUGCUGA